AAACAUAUACAACUUAACAUCAUGAAAGUAGAGAAACAGGAGGACAAAAGAAACAAACAUGAUGGAGCUUUCUGGGUAAGAGAUCAGAGUCCGAUCUGGCGGAUCCCUCCCACGAGAUCAAGUCCAGAUCAUCCCCUUCAUUGCCUCCCAAAAGGACUCCUUUGUUGCAGGAAAAUACUUAAGAUGAAAACCCAAAAAAAUGCACAAUCUUGCUCGGUGAAUUCUGGAAGCUCAGCGAUCCUCCUCUUCUUACUGCUGUUUCCAACAACACCCCAAACUCAGACCAAUAGAACCCCACAGAAUCAACCAAAGAAGAAAAAAAAAAAAAAACAGAUUUAUUCCUUUCAAUUUUUCAGUUUCUCUUUUCCCUCUCAAAACCAGAUCUCCAUUUUUUUUCGAACUUCCCUCUCUCUCUACCGCCCUUCUCUUCUCUGAUCUUUUGCUCUAUAUAUAUAUAUACCCUAGAGACAAAGAAGCACUCACAAAAAAAAAUUAAUAAUAAUAAAUAAAUAAACUUUCAAACUCCGGAGCCCUUUGAUCUUCCUUCUUUUUCUUUUUUCGUUGAUCCUCCAAGCCUCUGGGCAGAGUAGGCACGGGAUUGGGCUGCAAUGAGGUGCAGAGGUUUGCAGCAAGCAGGGUCGCAUGCUCGAUGCAGCAAGGUCAACGGCGCAGAGCAAAAGGGAUCCGGGCGCGGGCUUGGUGCAAGCGCAGGGACAAAGGCGCAGCAGCAGGGUUAGCGCAGCAGAGGGUGCAGGGCAGGGGGCACAGGGUGCAGGGCGCAGAGUUGUUUCUACAGAAAGGAAAUCGAGGGUCCUCUUUUGAAGAAAGAUUCGAGAGGCCCUCCCUUUUCUUUCUCUUUUUUUUUUUUUUUUUUUUUUUGGAUUAAAUGGGUAAUGGGUUUUGGGUAGUUGGUGGGGUUUGGGUUUUGAUAAUUUAGUGGGCUCAAUUGAAAUGGGUUGGUGUUGGGUUUGUGAAUUAAUCUUGAUGAAGUUC